UAGACCUAAUGCCCUGAAGACCCUCCAGUCUGCCCUCACUCGGCCCUACAGGCCACGGGCUAAGAUGGCAGCAGCAGCAGCAACAUGUCUGGAUGUGCCGGCCACUCCUGGAGUCCUGGUCAGGAGUAUUUUACUGCUCCUACUAAGCACUGAUCCUGUGUGGGGGAAUUCAACCAUCACACCAUACAACCAUACAGACUCUACAGCCCCUACAGAACCUACAGGACUCAACAUCGCAGCCAUUGUGGCCCCCACGGUCACGGUGGGUGUCUUAGUCAUAAUCCUGGCUGUUCUGGGCUGGCUCUUCUGUGUGGUGAGAAAGAAGAGGCAGACUGAGGGGACGUACAUGCCCAGUGCUGAGGAACAGUCUGGGACACGCAGUGUGGCGGCACUAGAUGCACUAAAACUACCCAAGGAGGAGAGACUCAUCUGAAAGCGGAUGCCAAGCGAUCAAAGACAAUCCUACAGAGAUACAAGCUGAACACAUGAUGACAAUAGGUGCAAAACAGUCGCUUCCUUGAGCUGAUCAAUGAAAGAGAAACCUCUAGUAUUUAGGAGAAGACAACGUGCCAAGUGUGAGGCGCUUGACAUGAUAAAUAUAUAUGAAAAUACAUUCAGCCACAUUUCUGCCUAUAGUACCAGGAACUUUAAGCAUCAUAAAAAUGAUGCUUUAAAUGGUUUUAAAUCAGUGUGUCUGCCUGUACAUCCACAGCCUUGAAAGUCCUGGAAAGCUCCAAGCUCCCUGUACCGACUCCCUGGUGCCUGUCAUUAGGCUUCAUCAUAUAUUGCUGCCAAAAAUAAAAGUGCCUGGAAUUGGUCCUUUCUAAGUAAAGUCACCUUUUUACAGAGAACAAAAUGUGACGUUCUCCAACCGAUCAGAAACGUUUGACUGCUGGCUCUGCUCUGUUAGUCCUACCUUAAAGAAAGGGACUGUUUAUUUAAAAAAACAGAUAAAAUUGAAGACUGUAUUUUAUCUGUCUUUUUGUUUUAGGACCCGCUGUAGAAACAUACAAAAUCCCUGGUACUGCUCACAUCACUGGUACCCAUUCCCUCUUUGCCCAUGUUGCUUCAUCAAAAGUUUUAUUUUUGUCAAACAUUUCAAUCUGGUUUUGGAUAUGUGUUUUUUUCUUUCUUUGCACAAGUAAAACAGAAGCAUCAGUAUUUAUCACCAAUGAUUUCAGAUUUCACAUGUUUAACUUUGCCUCAGUGAUGAUGCUUUGAUUCAUCCACACUGACUCUUUACUCCACAUCAUUUCCUCUGUUUACUACAAUCAGCACUAAGAGCGUCAAAUACAUUUGGAACGAACAUUUGUUGUAGGAGUGAGUACGGUUUAAAUCAUACAAAUGUAAAGGAUCACUAUUUAAAGAAAAUCAUUCCAUGGUAUCAACCUUGUCUAUAUUUGAUAUUUAUUAUUGCAUCUGUGUG